AUGGCAAAAUUUGGAAGGAAGAGAGGGAAUGAUGAACAAGAGUGCACUGAACGCAAAUCCCUUGAGAUCUUCAACCCUGUGAGCGGUAACGGAUCAUCUUCCUCGGCUUCUUCUUCAUCAAAGCCGUACGAUGGCAACGGCAAAGGCAGCAGCAGUAAGUGGAUGGAGUUUCAGGAUUCUGCAAAGUUAGUGGAGAGAACUGCUGAAUGGGGAUUGUCGGCUGUUAAGCCGGACUCAGGAGAAGAUGGCAUUAGCUUCAAGGUGUCUGGUGAAGUGGACCGAAGCAAGAUCCGGUUUCUGCAAGGGCCGGACACAGACCAGAACGAGGUUGCCAAAAUCAGAGACUGUGUCAAGAAUGGCAAAAGUUACUGUGGAAGGCUCUUAAACUACAAAAAGGACGGAACCCCCUUCUGGAAUCUUCUCACAGUCACUCCUAUCAAGGACGACCAAGGCAACACCAUCAAGUUCAUUGGGAUGCAGGUUGAAGUAAGCAAAUACACAGAAGGCGUGAACGAUAAAGAAUUGAGGCCUAAUGGACUCUCCAAAUCUCUGAUCCGAUAUGAUGCUCGCCAGAAGGAGAAAGCUUUGGAUUCCAUCACAGAGGUCGUGCAAACAAUAAGACAUCGCAAGUCUCAAGUGCGGGAUUCCGUGAGCAAUGAUAUUACGUUGAAGCCUGAUAGUGCUACUACACCUGGUAGACAAGUUAUACAAUCAGAUGAAGCUUCAAAGUCAGCCAGAACACCUGGACGUGUUUCUACUCCAACGAGGUCAAAGAGCAAAUCGCUUAGCUCGAAUAAAAAGCAUGAAGAUGUUCCUGUCGUGGAACCUGAAGCAUUGAUGUUGAGCACAGAAGUAAUAGAGCCGAGGGACAGUUGGGACCGGUUGGAAAGAGAAAGGGAUAUACGCCAAGGGAUUGAUCUAGCUACCACUCUUGAGCGCAUAGAGAAGAAUUUCGUCAUCAGUGAUCCUCGUCUUCCUGAUAAUCCCAUUAUAUUUGCUUCAGACAGCUUUCUUGAACUUACAGAGUAUUCACGCGAGGAAAUUUUAGGGAGAAAUUGUCGGUUUCUUCAGGGGCCAGAGACAGAUCAAGCGACUGUCCAGAAGAUUAGAGAUGCAAUUAGAGAUCAAAAGGAGAUAACUGUGCAGUUGAUAAACUACACUAAGAGCGGAAAGAAAUUCUGGAACUUAUUCCACUUGCAACCUAUGCGUGAUCAGAAGGGAGAGCUCCAAUACUUCAUCGGUGUGCAGCUUGAUGGAAGUGAUCAUGUGGAGCCGCUCCAAAAUCGUUUGUCUGAGAGAACAGAGAUGCAGAGUUCUAAAUUGGUGAAAGCUACAGCAACAAAUGUAGAUGAAGCUGUCAGAGAACUUCCAGAUGCUAAUUCGCGUCCCGAGGACUUGUGGGCUGCACACUCAAAGCCUAUCCAAGCGAAUGGAGAUAUAGUGGGACUACAUCAUUUCAAGCCAAUAAAACCAUUAGGCUCUGGUGACACUGGCAGUGUCCAUUUGGUUGAACUGAAAGGCACAGGUGAGCUCUAUGCCAUGAAAGCAAUGGAGAAAACAAUGAUGUUGAAUCGUAACAAGGCUCACCGAGCAUGCAUCGAAAGGGAAAUCAUUUCCCUUCUGGAUCAUCCUUUUCUUCCCACUCUCUACGCUUCCUUUCAGACAUCUACGCAUGUUUGUUUGAUUACAGACUUUUGCCCCGGAGGAGAGUUGUUUGCACUGCUUGACAGACAACCCAUGAAAUUUUUGUCAGAGGAAUCAGCAAGGUUCUAUGCAGCAGAGGUCGUAAUCGGCUUAGAGUAUCUUCACUGCUUAGGAAUAGUAUACCGAGACCUGAAGCCUGAGAAUAUAUUGCUCCAGAAGGAUGGACACAUUGUAUUAGCCGACUUUGAUUUAUCAUUCAUGACGUCCUGCACACCCCAGCUUAUUAUCCCACAUACACCCAACAAACGAAGGAGAUCCAAGAGUCAACCAUUACCCACAUUUUUUGCAGAACCAGUCACCCAGUCAAACUCGUUCGUAGGGACUGAAGAAUACAUUGCGCCUGAGAUAAUCACGGGUGCUGGUCAUACGAGUGCUAUUGAUUGGUGGGCACUGGGAAUCUUGUUGUACGAGAUGCUUUAUGGUCGCACACCGUUCAGGGGCAAGAACAGGCAGAAGACAUUUGCCAACAUCUUGCACAAAGAUCUCACCUUUCCCAGCAGUAUUCCUGUAAGUCUUGUAGGUAGACAGUUGAUCAACAUGUUGUUAAAUAGAGAUCCGAGCAGCCGUUUAGGAUCCAAAGGUGGAGCAAAUGAGAUAAAGCAGCAUGCGUUCUUCCGCGGGAUCAAUUGGCCUCUCAUACGUGGCAUGAGCCCUCCACCAUUGGAUGCACCGUUGCGCAUAACAGAGAAAGAUCCGAAUGCCAAAGACAUAAAGUGGGAAGAUGAUGGUGUGCUUGUGAAUUCUAUGGACAUUGACAUUGAUCUCUUCUAAACCCCACUCUUCCUUUCAUCUUCUCUGCCUUCGAAUCUCGUUUUAAUGCAAAACUCUUCUUCUCAAUAAAGCAAAGGUUGUUUGUAUUGUAUCUAGUUGCUUGCAUAUAUAUAAACGCAUCGGACAUAGACAGAUCUCUCAUGUUAUUAGAGGCAUCACACAGUUUUUCCAUCUCUUCUAAAAUCUCAAAAUCAUCAACAACAAAAAUACACAUAUAUAUAACCACCAUCAUGUUAAUAUUGUUAAGUGUGAAUUAGCCCUUAAUAAGGCCCAAUAACUGGCCCAUCAACAACUGCUGGGCGCAAUGUCUUUGAGAAGUCCAACCACCUGCUGCAUCGUGGGUCGCUUCCAUGGCGGAUCGGCGGUGCACAAGUACCCUAUCUUCACCGCCUCCGCAAUCUGCUCCACCGGACCUGUCCCUCGUAUCGUCGGAUCGAUGGCUCUCGAUCCUUCUCCCUGCCUCACCAGACCCCUCACCCAAUUCACCAAGUCCCACUCCGGCUUCUUCCCGCUCACGAGCUCAAGCAGAACAACUCCAAAGCUGUACACGUCGGAUUCUACUGUCGGAGAGCCGUCUUCCUCCAGCUCCGGCGGUGCGUACCCGUCUAAACCUCCGGAAAAUCCCUCAUCCAAGAGUUUGGCUAAACCAAACUCUGCCAAUUGCGGUUCCUGGGUGGAGUCUAAGCAGACUGUUCUAGCCUUCACUUCCCCGUGGACCACCGGAGGAAUGCAGCCGUGAUGGAGGAAAGCCAACGCCCUCGCCGUCCCCAGAGCUAUCUUAUGCCGAAGUCUCCACGAUGCAGAGUCAUCUACGGUAUGGAGUAAACUCUGCAAAUUAACAUUGUCUAGGUGCUCGUAAAUCGCGAUUCUUUGCUCUGCGGCUAUGCAGUAUCCAGAGAGCGGGACAAGAUUUGGAUGAAUGAUGCGGGCGAGGCGUUCGAACGCAAUCGAGGCUUCGUGAUCGGUCAUUGUGGUUCCACUUGGAAUAACUUUGAGAGCUGCUCUGAAUCCACCGGGUAAGACUGCCUCGUAAGUAGGACCAGACUUGCUUUCCCACAACAAUGCGCCUCUGUCGAAGUUGAAAGUCGCAGCCUUGAGGUCUGCAAACGUCAUCUUCAUCAACGGCUUGUCGAUCAUUACCACAGAGACAUCCGUUGGUUCGUUUUGGUCUGACAAGUUGGCUUCUGUGGCUUGCCUUGUUGCCCAUGUUCUGGAUUUUCUUCUACCUCUCAGGGCCACCAGUAUGAGCAACAGCGCAACAAGUAAGAACGCCAUGGAGACUGCUAACGCCAAACCAAUCUUAAGCCCUGUCUUCCUCUUGUUGACUUUAUUUCCCUUUUGAACGAUCGGCUUUGCAGCAAAGGGGCAGUUGUUUGUGGAGCCAAUGAAGGAUGUCUGGAUCAUUCCUUUAGAUAAGUUGGGGUCACAAAAGGUUAGAUUGUUGAAAGAGAAGUUAAACCUCUGCAUCGUGGGGAGUUGAUCCAGAACCGGCCUUGGGAUAUCUCCGUCUAGCUGAUUCAGCGAGAGAUCAAGUAUUUCGAUGUUCUUGAGGCUCAGCGUAGGUACAUGUCCAGUGAGGUUAUUGGAGGAGAGAUCAAGAACCUUGAGAUGACUCAGCCGCGAGAUUUCACUCGGAAUGAUACCUGCCAGAUUGGUCCUGGAUAGAUUCAGAUAAUACAGAGCCGAAAGCGUUGUGAUUUGCCCGAAUUCUUGCGUCCUGAAUCGAUUUGACGCGAGGUUAAGGUGUCCCAGCUUCUGUGAUGAACUCAAGCCAUUUUGUAUAUGGCCGACGAAACGAUUAUCGGACAAGUCAAGAUGGAUCAGACUAGACGAGUUGUGAUUGUGGCCGGCUAUUAACUGCAAGAUAUGCCCAUCAAAUCGGUUUUCACUGAGAUCAACUGUUUCCACGUUUUCAUGCAAGACUCCUAUCAGUGAACCCUGAAACAGAUUCCGUGAAAGGUUCAAGCUUUUCAGUUCUGCGAAGGCCGAACCGAAACCAACAGGCAGAGACCCGGUGAGCUGGUUCGAUGAGAGGUCGAUGGAGACUAGAGAUCGGCAAUUGAGAAGUCCUUGAGGGACGAGAGACUGAAAACCAUUGUUGCCGAGCUUGAGAGUUGUUAAAUUGACAAGCGAGCUUAUAGCGGCAGGGAUUUCGCCAGAGAAGCUGUUGAAAGAAAGAUCAAGGGUCUCAAGCGUCUUGAAAUUGCCUAUGUUGCUGGAAAGCGUCUUAGAAAUCCGGUUGGAGGAGAGAUUGAGACUCUUGAGCGAGCUCAGACUCCAUAGAUCAGAGGGCAGAGACGUAAUCUUGUUGCCACUGAGAUCUAAAGAUUGGAGCAUUCUCAGUUUGCCGAUGGUGUUGUCGGGGAUGGGACCGGACAGUUCCGACGCAGAAGCCGAGAAAUGGAGCACGUACUCUCUUCGUGCGUCACAGGCCACUCCUGGCCAUGAACAUAAAGAAGAAGAAGAUAAUGUGUGAGCUUGGGAAGAAUUGGGUAAACCCAUUGCGGUGAAGAAGCUGGAGAGAUAAGAGGCCUCGGUGUUGGGAUCUUGGCUGGUGAGAUGCUUGACGAAGAGGGAGAGGAACAUGAGAGUUCCCCAUAGAGAGAAGCCCAUAUUUUGGAGUCUGGACCUGGAGAAAGGUGGAUGUGAGAGCUCAGAAAGAAGACAGUCUGUGUGAAAAGAAGAAAAGACAUAAUGGAAUCACGGGGUAGGGAUGUGAUAGUUUGGAAUACAUUGGGAUACCUUUCACGUGCACAGCUUCAAAAUCAGAGGUUAAUCAGAAGAGACAUGAUUCAGAAGAAGAAGAAGAAGAAGAAGAUAAGGGUUGAAAAGUUUUGGGGUUGAGUUCCGAGUGAGUUUGGCUGUAUCCUAUGCUCUCUGGAGGAAGUGGAAGAGAAUAGAGUCGUUGAAAGUCAAAAAAGGGAACAUGAGGAGAUUAUAAUUAGGUAAAGUAUUUUAUGAUAGUGAGUAAUAUGAAAAUGGAAUCUGUCUCAGACUUUUUUGUGAAUUUCAAAUCCCAAAGUGUCAAAUGGAUUUGGUUGAGUGGGGAGUGGGUGGUUGUGGUUUCUCAUUUCUGCAAGAUUUGGGUUAGUGUACAAAAAUAAAGUCACUUUUAAGUGGUUUCACACCUUUCUGACUCUGUCACGUCUUUGAAAUUUGGAAUCAUUCAUCUGAUUUGCC